GCAUGUGCCCGCGCUGCCACCACCAUACCGCUUUAGGAAUGAAUGCAGACCCAGUUUGUAAGUUUUUUUUGGACAAAUGACUCGAGUCGACAACUGGAGCAAAUCUGUUGGGUCAAAAGAAUAACACCCACCAACUUUAUGUGGAGAAAAUUGAGCGCGUUUGAAUGUUAUAACAUCCCACCACAUUUCAUCUUUUCAGUUCUCCUGUCUGUGGCCAAAGGAAAGGACAUUGCUUUGGUUUGGCACCACAGUGCACUGCUCACCUGCCUUCCACUCUUCAGAGAAGCCGUGCCACAUUUGGUAUAAAGAGUUGGUUCCUGCAAUACUUCAGGAAAAUGACGGCCAUCAACGCUCCACGGGACAAGUAUAAUGCAGUGUGGAUCAUUUUUUUCAUCCUUGGCUUGGGAACCCUCCUGCCAUGGAAUUUCUUCAUGACUGCAACCAUGUACUUCACCAACCGACUGAAGGACCCGGCCGUUGAGGACUCAGCCAUUCUGACAGCCAACACCACAGUGGUGGAGGGAGACACGAGGAGCAUCCUGGAGUCCAAGUUCAACAACGUGAUGACCCUGUGCGCCAUGGUGCCCCUGCUCAUCUUCACCUGCCUCAACUCCUUCAUCCACCAGAGGAUUCCUCAGAAUUGGCGUAUCGCCGGCUGCCUGUCUGUGAUCCUGGUGGUGUUUCUGUUGACGGCGGUGCUGGUCAAAGUGGACAUGGGCCCUCUCCCCUUCUUCUCUCUCACCAUCAUCAAAAUCAUCUGCAUCAAUUCAUUUGGGGCAGUGCUGCAAGGCAGUCUGUUUGGCCUGGCUGCAAUGCUGCCGGCCUCCUACACCGCACCUAUCAUGAGUGGACAGGGUCUCGCUGGAACCUUCGCUGCCUUCUCUAUGAUCUGUGCCCUGGCCAGUGGCUCAGCCCUGCAGGACAGUGCCUUUGGCUACUUCAUCACUGCGUGCGUGGUCAUCUUCUUGGCCAUCCUGUCCUACCUCGCUCUGCCCAGUAUGGAAUUUUUCCAGUACUACCUGGAAAGUAAUGGAUCCAAGCCAGCCGGCGGAGAUGAGGAGAACAAGAUGAACCUAUUGAAAAAAGACAGCCCAGCAGAGAAGAGGCCAGUGGUCAGUCUGACAGAGGAGGAAGCCAAGCCCACGAUAUCUGUGUUUGCCAUCUUUAAACAGAUCUGGGUAAUGGCCCUCUCUGUGUGCUUCGUGUUCACCAUCACCAUCGGAACUUUUCCUGCAGUCACAGUUGAUGUCAGAUCCACGAUGGCCGAUGGAGGUGCCUGGGAUACAUACUUCAUCCCUGUGUCGUGUUUCCUGCUCUUCAACGUGAUGGACUGGGCAGGAAGGAGUCUGACGGCCGUGUGUAUGUGGCCCGGUAAGGACAGCGUCAUCCUGCCCGUCAUGGUGGGUCUCCGUGUGGUCUUUGUGCCUCUCUUUAUGCUGUGUAACGUCCAGCCCAGGAACAACCUGCCCGUGCUGUUCGCCCACGACGCCUGGUACAUCGUCUUCAUUAUCCUCUUCUCCUUCAGCAAUGGAUACCUGGCCAGCCUCUGCAUGUGCUUUGGACCAAAGAAAGUGGCACAACGCGAAGCGGAGACGGCCGGGACCAUCAUGGCGUUCUUCCUGUCUCUGGGUUUGGCUCUUGGAGCUGCCUUGUCCUUUGUUUUCAGAAUCAUUAUCUAGACCUGGAGUCCCCACAACACCACCCCACCCCUCAGAACACUGCUCCUCUACCCGCCGUGCAGGACGAGGGGUGUAGGAGGAGGUGAACUUUGCUGUGUUGACUGUCACACGGCAGCAACACUACAACACUCAGAUGCAGCCAGCCUCAGAGCUUGUGUGUAUGUGCUUCCGCUCUUCCCACUGAAUUAUAAUACUCUCCAUUUUGAAAGAAUGCAAAGUUAAUCUAGUUCAGCUGCCUAUGUAACUGCUCUCAUCUCGUGCUCUAGUUGCCAACAUGUCUCUCAUCCUGCAGGGAACAUGGUGGAAGACUGGAGAAGCGCUCUCAGCUCAAGGGAGUAUUUCAGCUCUUAGGCCAAAAUGCCGCGAUGAGCCGUAAAUGGAGCUCCUGUUCAAAUUAUAGAUUAUAAACAGUACCAGCACCCCAAAUGAUUACCGGAACCUAAAUCAGUCUAGCACUGAUAAAAUGGGCCUACCUGAUUACUUCUUGUGUUUCCACUGGAUCGGAGAAUGGCGUUUUAACCUUUCAUGCUGAGUGGUUAAUGGAAGGAGAGGGCAGGAAAACAUGUCAAAUACAUUCAGUAACUAUUGUAGUUCUCAAUGGAUGUAAAACCAGACAUCACGAACGUGCUGUUUUGAGGUGAAGAAAACGGUACUUUAAGAAGCUCCACAUGUCAGUAGUGGUGGUGUGUUAAGCCAAUCAGAAAUACUAUCAAAUCCCCAAAUGGGUACAUUUCACAUUUGCACCUAGGCCAGUUAGCCUAUAGGCCAACUUCUAUGCUUGCACGUCCUUAUUCAACACUGGCAGGAGCGCCCCAAACAAAAGACAAUGGCUAAAUUAACGAAACUCGUAAAUUAAAUUAAAUAAACUUGUUUCUCACAAGUGUAGCAUAGGUUGUGCACUUUGAAAACAAUUAGUCCACCCAGACAAUAACAAAAAGACUAGAAUAAUAACAUUGAAUGCAUUCAUAGAAAUGACCAUAACCAAAAUAACAAACAUUGUAGAUUAGGAAUUAAUGGUAAAUGUACUACUGGUAAUAUGUAAUGGGGAAUUGAUAUACACUAACAAUCAAAUGCAAACUUGACACGAAGGUGUGAAACAAUGAAUGUGCACAAAUUGGCGGGAGAGACCGCAUUCAGUAGAAAAGUGCAUCUAUCUGCAUUGGCCAUUCAAAAUUUAAAUUGAUGCCGCCUGAGCAGAAGUCCGGGCAUUCAUACUUCUUGUGCUUGGCGGAAUAGUGUAGAGCUGUUAAGGAUUGUGUUUUCUAAUGGAUGUACCGCCCCCACCUACCGUCAACCAAUCAUGUUAAUGCGGACCUAUACAGAGCCCUCCGCAUUGUGACAUUUGGGAGGCACAUGGCGAUGUGGUACGGUGCUUGAUUUGGCCCUGCAUGCCUCCUGGAGGCUUUGCAAUUGCGUCAAACCCUCCAUAUGGAGCCUCUGACCACAUUAUAGAUCAAGCAUCAAUUGUCUUUUGUCUAGUCCUCCGCAAUGGAUUAGUUCACAGAGAUGGGCGCAAAUAUACACUGCUCAAAAAAAUAAAGGGAACACUAAAAUAACACAUCCUAGAUCUGAAUGAAAUAUUUUUAUUAAAUACUUUUUUCUUUACAUAGUUGAAUGUGCUGACAACAAAAUCACACAACUAUCAAUGGAAAUCAAAUUUAUCAACCCAUUUGGAUUUGGAGUCACACUCAAAAUUAAAGUGGAAAACCACACUUCAGGCUGAUCAAACUUUGAUGUAAUGUCCUGGGAAAAGUCAAAAUGAGGCUCAGUAAUGUGUGUGGCCUCCACGAGCCUGUAUGACCUCCCAACAAUGCCUAAGCAUGCUCCUGAUGAGGUGGCGGAUGGUCUCCUGAGGGAUCUCCUCCCAGACCUGGACUAAAGCAUCCGCCAACUCCUGGACAGUCUGUGGUGCAACGUGGCGUUGGUGGAUGGAGCGAGACAUGAUGACCCAGAUGUGCUCAAUUGGAUUCAGGUCUGGGGAACGGGCGGGCCAGUCCAUAGCAUCAAUACCUUCCUCUUGCAGGAACUGCUGACACACUCCAGCCACAUGAGGUCUAGCAUUGUCUUGCAUUAGGAGGAACCCAGGGCCAACCGCACCAGCAUAUGGUCUCAAGGGGUCUGAGGAUCUCAUCUCGGUACCUAAUGGCAGUCAGGCGAGCACAUGGAGAGCUGUGCGGCCCUCCAAAGAAAUGCCACCCCACACCAUGACUGACCCACCGCCAAACCGGUCAUGCUGGAGGAUAUUGCAGGCAGCAGAACGUUCUCCAUGGCGUCUCCAGACUGUCACGUGCUCAGUGUGAACCUGCUUUCAUCUGUGAAGAGCACAAGGCGCCAGUGGCGAAUUUGCCAAUCUUGGUGUUCUCUGGCAAAUGCCAAACGUCCUGCACGGUGUUGGGCUGUAGUAAGCACAACCCCCACCUGUGGAUGUCGGGCCCUCAUACCACCCUCAUGGAGUCUGUUUCUGACCGUUUGAGCAGACACAUGCACAUUUGUGGCCUGCUUGAGGUCAUUUUGCAGGGCUCUGGCAGUGCUCCUCCUUGCACAAAGGCGGAGGUAGCGGUCUUGCUGCUGGGUUGUUGCCCUCCUACGGCCUCCUGAUGUACUGGCCUGUCUCCUGGUAGCGCCUCCAUGCUCUGGACACUACGCUGACAGACACAGCAAACCUUCUUGCCACAGCUCGCAUUGAUGUGCCAUCCUGGAUGAGCUGCACUACCUGAGCCACUUGUGUGGGUUGUAGACUCCGUCUCAUACCACCACUGGAGUGAAAGCACCGCCAGCAAUCAAGUGACCAAAGCAUCAGCCAGGAAGCAUAGGAACUGAGAAGUGGUUUGUGGUCACCACCUGCAGAACCACUCCUUUAUUGGGGGUGUCUUGCUAAUUGCCUAUAAUUUCCACCUGCACAACAGCAUGUGAAAAUUGUCAGUGUUGCUUCUUAAGUGGACAGUUUGAUUUCACAGAAGUGUGAUUGACUUGGAGUUACCUGUGUUAAGUGUUCCCUUUAUUUUGAGCAGUGUAUUUGUUACUGCUCAACUAAAACAAUCUCGUUAGACCAAACAGUUGACAAAUUGGGGUAAGCCCUAGUUUCUGUAGUUCUUUUCAAACCGUGUUGAAUUUGCUUGGAUCGUGUGUCAGGUUGUUUUUAUGAAUAAAAAAAUUGUAAUGUG